AAUUUGAUAAAACAUAUGAACGUUUCACUUGAAUGUAUUGAAUCUGGAUCAAGAUUACCUUUUAAUUUGAUUUCGUUUUGUUCUUUUUGUAAAUCUGGAAUUGGGAUUAAAUUGAUUUGUUUGAAUUGUGGUGGUUGUUUUUGUUAUUUUAAAAAAACAAAUCAUACUACUACAAACAAUCAUUCAAAACUUAAUAGGUGUUAUGAACUUCAUCAUAAAAAGAAUUCGAAAUGUUUACUUGGUCUUGAUAUGGUUUGUCGAGAGUUUAUUUGUUUGGUUUGUGGUGAUGUGAUUAGACCUGAUGAUUCAGAAUUAAAAGUGAUUAGUAAAAAGUUAUUCUCGAUCAAGAAACCUUCUUUACCUAGUUGUCUAAGUCGAACUACUCAACAUAUCUUUCCUCCUCGUGGUUUCUCCAACUUGGGAAAAUCAUGUUACAUGAAUGCGAUCUUACAAAUCUUACUACGUAUCCCUGAAUUCCAAUGUUAUUUAUUAAUGGAUCAUCAUAAUCGAGAUCGACAACAUCCAUCAGACGAAGAUCCAUUAUGUUGUACAUGUGAAUUAGUGAAUUUACUUCAAGGUACAGUUUCAGGUGAUCGGUUUAAAGAAAUCACUCCGGUUGGAUUCCUUUAUACACUUUGGAUGAAUUCAGGUGAUGGUGAAGAUUUUGCUGGGUACAAAGAAGGUGAUGCUCAUGAAUGUUUAUUAGCUUGUUUAAAUCAAAUUCAUUCAACCACUCAAGGUUCAAAUCCAUUAGAUACUACUUGUCAUUGUCCAAUUCAUCUUUUGUUUAGAUGUGAAUUGAAAAGUGAAUUGAUUUGUGGGAAUUGUAAUUCCACUAGUCAUAAAGUCGAUCCAAUCUUAGAUUUAUCACUCGAAAUCGCUCAUUUAACUCAUCUAGAUCAACUUAGAUUAGUAGAUUGUUUAGAAAGUUUUACUACUAAAGAAGCUUUGAAAGAGAAGUGUUAUACUUGUGCUGAAUGUCAGAUGGCAUCACCAGUCACGACAAAAUCACUAAAAAUUUCCAAACUACCCCACAUUCUUUGUAUUCAAUUAAAAAGGUUUGAACAUCAAGUUCAAGGUAAUUCUGUAAAAUUAGAUCGAUUUGUUCAGUUUCCACUUAUGUUAGAUAUGAAACCUUAUACUGUGAAUCCUAGGAAUCCAAAUGAUCCUGAUCAAUCUGGAUAUUUUUAUAAAUUGACAGGUAUUGUUCGUCAUCAAGGAAGUGCAACUUCUGGACACUAUCAAGUGAUUGUUUGUCAAGACGAAUUAUAUUUUUCUUUUAGUGAUGCUAAUGUAACUGUUAUGAGAUUAAAAGAUGUAUUAGCAGUAGAAGCUUAUAUUUUGGUUUAUACAUCUGUUUCUAAUUAAAUUGAUUUGUGGGUUUUUUUUUGGAUUAUUCAUCAAUUUAAUAUCUUAAUUAUAUUAGAUGGGUUUAGGAUAAAAACGGGAUAGAAAGGUUUGUGAAAAUUGUAAU